GCUAGCAAAAGCUAUCAUUGAAUAUUAUACUCCUCCUGAGCCUAUGAUCAAAAUGCCUUUCACUCAAAGAUUGAAUCAGGCUGCUGAAUUAGAACGAAGAAAUCUUCUUAAAAAAAAGCUAUCUGAAUGGGAAUUUAAUCCUCAUCAAUUAAAUGAUGAUGAUUUGUUAGAAUGCGUCUUUAUCAUAUUCGAUCACGUGAUGCUGCUUGAUGAUCUCAAAGAAUUAAGUGUGUCACCAGCCAUUCGUCAAUCUUAUUAUGAUACGAAUCCAUACCAUAAUUUUACUCAUGCUGUCGAUGUUUUACAAGCAAUGUUUCAUUUUUUGUGUCAAAUGGAUAUCCUUCCUCCUUUAUUUUCUUCAAAACGACGAAAUAUUAAAGUUAAUCAACAACGUUGUCGUCCCAAUGAUCUGUUGACUGUUACCGACGCGUUUGCCUUAUUAUUGGCUUCAAUAGGUCAUGAUGUGGGCCAUCCCGGUGUAAAUAAUACUUUCUUGGUCCAGUCGAAUACUCCUUUGGCUCAGGUGUAUAAUGAUAAAUCCGUAUUAGAAAGUUUUCAUGCCAUGACAUUAUUUAACAUGAUGCAAAAACAUGGCUUUAAAAUAUACGAAAAUAAUAGUGGCUCAAUAUAUAAUCCAAAAUAUAAUGAAUUCCGUAAAGUCAUAGUUAAUUCAAUACUUGCUACAGACAUGAGUUUACAUAAUGAUUACGUUACUAAAAUAAAGGAGGAAAUAAAAAGAUUUGAAUCUUUGGAUACUAAAUUUGAUACUCAACCUAUGGUAGAACAGGCUCGGAAUGUUAUUAUCGGCGCGUUAAUAAAAUGCGCUGAUAUUAGUAAUGUUGCUAGACCUUAUCAUAUAGCUGCCAAUUGGUCGAAUGUUUUAAUUGAAGAAUUCCGUUGUCAAGGUGAUUUGGAAAGAAAGCUUGGUCUUCCUAUUAUUCCAUUAAAUGAUAGAAAUGGAAAGACCACUCAGUCCGAAUCUCAGAUAGGAUUUAUCGAUUAUUGUGCGAUGCCAUUGUUUAA